AUGACUUUCGAUUUUUCUUCUCCGAAGAAAACAACAGAGACUGAAGUUGUAUAUGACUUUGCACCAGUCAACAAUGAUGAUAGUGAUAAUGGUGACCUUUGGGAAGCAUAUCAAAACGUUUGUUUUUCAAGGCAACCUCCGAUCCCAGCUCUUUCAGUUAUGAAGCCAAUAUUGCAAGGAAACAAAUUCAACGCGAAUCUUGCUCACUACAAGAUUGGUAGGGACUUAAAUGUCAUUGUAGAUAUGUUAAUCAAUGUCAAAACAAUUUCUUUGCUUAAUUUAUCAGAUAACGCACUCGAUGAAGGUUGCAUUCCAAAGUUAGUCGAGUUCAUGUCACAAUCUGAUUCAAUUUCCGUUUUAAACAUCUCAAAUAAUCCAAAUAUCCGUACUAAUGGCAUCACUGAUCUUCUCGAAGGUAUCGCUGAAAACCGAUCAUUAGAAUCACUCAAUAUUUCUAAUACUGGAGCCCAAAAUAUCGGUGUUUCCUUUGCAAAAGUUUUAUCUUCUUGCCAAUUGCUUGCUCGCGUUGAAGCUGCAGGCUGCAACAUGAGACAAACAGCCAUAGAUGUUGCCAACGCAAUUCCUUCCUCAGAUAAGCUAAAGCGCUUAAAUUUAUCUCGAAAUAUGUUACAUGUCGGCGGACGUCGCUUUGCAUCACUUCUUGGUGGUUCCGUUGCAAGAUGCUCCAGCCUCAAGAAACUUUUCCUUGCAGAAAACGCAAUUGACGAUGAAAUGUGCCAAGCAUUACUAAAAGGGCUCGGAGAAUCGACUGUUCUUACAGUUCUUGACAUAUCCAAGAACAUGAUCGGUGAAGCAAGUGGUCGUGCCAUAGCAAACUUCAUCGGAAAGGUCGGAUCCCUUAGAUCUCUUGAUAUUUCACAAAAUCCACUCUUAAAUGUCACAAUUAAUGCUCAAAAAGGCCAGCAAUCGCUUGAAGAAGGUGGAGAUAAGGACCAGAACAAGAAGGAUAAGAAACCAAAGACUUAUACUCCAGGAGUUUAUAUUAUUCUUCAGGCUUUGCCUAAAAACCAGUCAUUGGCCAUCCUCCAGAUGAUAGGAACUAUUGCACCUGAAGAAGAGAUCAACGCUAAGCUCGAAAGCUUGCCAUCAACAAAUCCAAACUUAACUGUUGUAUUUAGAGGUCCGGAAUCAAGAAAAUAUGAUCCAAAUCAGAAAGUACAACUUCCUAAAGUUGAUUCCUCUGAAGAUGAUGAUGAACAUGAAAGUGAUGGAGAAUAA